AAUGCGGGUAUGAUCGGUUGCACGCAACCCCGUCGUGUGGCAGCAAUGUCGGUGGCGAAGAGAGUGAGUGAGGAAAUGGGCGUUGAGUUGGGACAAGAAUGCGGUUAUGCGAUCCGAUUUGAGGAUUGCACUUCGGAGAAUACGAGACUCAAAUAUAUGACCGAUGGUAUUCUGUUGAGGGAGUGCCUCGGCGAUCCGGAUUUGGAUCAGUACGCAGCAGUCAUUAUGGAUGAAGCACACGAACGGUGUGUGCGUAUAUUCCUUUCAUUUGAUUCAUAG